AAAGGUUAAAAAAAUAAAUAAAAAUGCCCCGUUCGCGUUCUCGAUCUCGCAGCUAUUCACGAUCCGUGAGCACUUCCCGCAGCUCCCAUCGUGACAGGAAGUACGCGAGGAGUCACAAGUCAUCUGGCAGAUAUAAAUCUUCUUCCCGGAAGAGAUCCCGGGAGAGGGAUCGUCAUCGAAAAUUGAGUCAUUCGAAGCAUUCAAAACACUACAGCAGUCGCAGACAUUCAUCUUCCCGCUCAAGAUCCAGCAGCAGAGAUUCCCGAAAUUCAUCUACAUCCACCAGCAGUGGCUCCACAGUGAGUUCAACGGAUAAAUCACGAAGGAGGUCAAAGGAGACGAAGGAAGUGCCCAAUGUUGUGGCUCCUCCAGUAGCUCCAGCAGUGGAGAAAGUUCCCAAUUUUGCAUCUGUGGAGCAACUUGGGAGCAAUAUUUCAGCCAAGGUGUUUCAGGAGCUCAAUGAGGACUCCUUCACGGUAAAAGCAUUCACAUCUUCUGGGUCUUCUGGGGGCGGAGGAGUGAAGAAAUCGCCGUCAAGUAGUAUUUUGAUUGACAUAACCUCAAAUCCAACAAUUCAACUCCCAAAGCCGGCAAUCACGGAACUUCCUGAGGACACGGUUUUCCAUCAAAAUCUGUACGGAAAUGAUGCAGCGAGGAUGGAAAAAUGGGUAAAGAAGUUAUUUGCUUAUCGUCAGAAAGUUGCAGGAAGGAUGUAGAGAGAGAUUUCGCAAGGAAAACACCGGAA